GCCUGCCCGUGACCCGGGUGCAGACGCCGGCCGGCGCAGGCGGAAGCCCCGUCGGCUUUGGUGGCCGCGGGAGCGGCGGUAUCCCCCGCGCUGCCGGAGGCGGGGGGGAGAGAGAGAGAAACGGAGGGAAGAAGAGGAGGAGAAAGUCGGUGGCGCUGCCGCCGCCACCGUCACUAUGGGAGCGGAGCAGAGCGCGGAGGCCGAGAGCCGCCCGGGAGAGCCCAGCGCCUCAGCAACCCCUUCACCAGCCAAGCACCGAGCCAAAAUGGACGACAUUGUGGUGGUUGCCCCAGGAACGCAGUCCUCUCGAAAUGUCAGCAAUGAUCCAGAUGUCAUAAAACUGCAGGAAAUUCCAACUUUCCAGCCCCUUUUGAAAGGACUCCUCAGUGGCCACACCUCUCCAGCCAACACCAAACUGGAAAAGCUGGACCCCCAGCAGGUGCUGCAGCUGUGUCUCCGGUACCAAGAUCACCUUCACCAGUGUGCAGAAGCAGUUGCCUUUGACCAGAAUGCUCUCGUGAAGCGGAUCAAGGAGAUGGACCUCUCUGUGGAAACUCUUUAUAGCUUCAUGCAGGAGCGCCAGAAGAAGUAUGCCAAGUAUGCAGAGCAGAUCCAGAAGGUCAAUGAGAUGUCUGCCAUCCUGCGCCGCAUCCAGAUGGGCAUCGACCAGACGGUCCCGCUGAUGGAGCGGCUGAACAGCAUGCUGCCAGAGAGUGAGAGGCUGGAGCCCUUCAGCAUGAAACCUGAUCGGGAGCUGAAGUCUUAGCUGAUCCAGCAGGCUCCCCCUUCUCACCUUCCACGCUCCAGUGUCCAGCACAGACGCACUUCCAGCGGGAUGGGCUGGCAGAUGUUGGAAGUGGACGGCGGUGCUGUCUGACUCUCUGCCAGGGCAUUGGAGGAUGAGCGGUGUCAGCUGCCAGGACUGCACAGCCAGGAAUCCAGGGGCUCCCCAGUCCCAUCGUCUGGAGGAGAUGAUUUAUGGUUCUUUCAUCUCCCUCCUCUUGCCCUCCUGUCUCCUUUAGCACUGCCACUGCCUGUGCUGAGACAUUUGUUUCAUUGCUGUGACUAGAUUGGGGUUGACUGAGGAGUUUUCUUUCAUCUGUUUUUUUUUUAAUUAUUAUUAUUUUUUCGCUAGAAAAAAUUCAAAGGGAUAUGGGGUGUUACAAACCCUCUGACAUGGUUUUUGUGCCAGUGAGGUUUAGAUGAUCAGCUGGCUUUUAGGUAUCUCUGAGAUCCCCUGGCCUUGGAAAUACGUGUGUUUUAUAGGUGAAAGUGUGGGAGCCAGGAACUGGCUUAUUAAAAUCUGCCUAUUAUCAUAAUUAACAUGGUUUGCAUGGCAGGGUUUUGGCAUGUCCUCCUCGAGGCUUCUGUUUUUAUGGGUUCCCUAAUUUAUGAGGCUGUAAAGGAAUAACUAUUCCAGAUAUGUAUGUCUGUUAAUGUUAAGCAAGCCUUAGCAUUCCUCCCUCCCUUGCCCUGGCAAUGUCCCCAUGCCCCAGCUGGUGGCAUUUCAUGUCUCUCACCUUGCACACUGAUUCUGACAGGUACUGGCACUGACCUCCUCGCUUUGUUAUCCCAAAGUUUGACAUGAGGUGUCUCAUUCUUAUUGGGACACUCCAGUUAUCUUGGUGCUGUUUUUUUACCAGGGGGAUGCAGUUGUUUCUUUACCUUCAAACAAAUGGAGUUGGAGGGGGGAAAUAUGAUAAGUUCUUUUGGUCUUCUCUUUGUCUUAGCUGCCAUCAUGCCAAGAGCUUGCCUGAGCAUGGUGUUUGAUGACUGAAACCCCAUGGUCCUUUGGGACCAUGCUCAGUGAACUGCUCUAAAGGCAGGAGGAUGCUCUUGCCUUCUCCCAAGCUGAGGGUCCUGCUGGAAGGCAGGCCGUGUGUUCACUCUGCUUGGGUGUUGGGCUGUCAUACAGGAGAUGAAUUGAUUGCCAAGUCUGACACUGGUCUGCUGGCUGCAGGAGGUUUGCAGCACCUCUCCGAGCUUUGGUUUCUCACCAUAUAAAACGGAAAUAUUCUACAUGCUGCUGUAAAAAUACUUACAAAUCUAGAAAUAAUGUUUAAUGGCCUGCAUCACCAUUGCGUUGGCAGCUCUUGUCUGCAGCAGAAAGGGUGUGAAACCAAAAGUGGGGAGUUUGCUGGGUCAGGAGUGGGUUUGUCUGUGUCAGUGUUAGUCCCAGGAUGCUGUUGCUGGCGAGGAGGCUGAAGUGUGCCCAUGUAUCCCAAAAGCUGUUGUGCAUUGGAAGUGCAAUUCCAGUGGUGAGGAGAGCUGUCUUUGAGAGAGUCAGUUGGACAACCCAUCUUCAAGUACAGCACAAGGCUUGGUGACUUCCAAAGGCAACUUGCUUCAAUACCUCAUAGUACUUAAGAGUACUUAAUCAGCAAAAGAUGGUGUGUAAGCAUUUAGGAGUAAGAGUGUGGUAGGUUUUUGACACCAUUCAUUGCUGCCCGGUGGCAGGAAGCAGCAGGAAAGUCUCUUGUUGCAUUCCCUAAGGCCACGUAGAGUCAAUUUUAUGUCACAGACUGGGGCUUACUUAGAUAUGUGUCUGAACCACAGCGGUGAUUGGACCCCAGGGCCUGCUAAACACUGUCUGGAAGCAGAAUCCCAUGGAAAGUAAGUCCCCUGAAAUGAUGCCCUGGGAAGCGUGGUUGACUGCUUGAGAGACAGCAAGGAACUCAGCAGAUUUUAUACUCAAAGCAGCAGAGUGGUUCUCGUUGCUUCCACCCAAGGGUUGUUAAAUGGUUGGAUCUGUGUUAGGUGUAUGCUGUGUGUUGAAUGGGAUAUAACAUCAGGCUUUCAUCCUUGCUUAUGCACCCUGCAGUGUUUUACGUUUGGUUUGUUAAAAGCUACGUGAGACUUAACCAGCUGUGAAAACCUGCUUGUCAUGGCUGGGCCAGUGAAGGUCCUCACUGUCCACCACUGACUGUGUCUUUGCCUCCUGCCAUCAGACACACCAGAAUACUCAGGAGCUUUAAAUAGCAGCCACAGGCGUUUCUGUCCUCCUCUCAGAUGAUGCUGUCUGGAAGUUUAGAAUGUGUGACAUUCAGCCGUCUGGGAUAUCCCCCACCCUGGCAUGCUGGAAGCCUAUACUGGUGGGAAGAUCCUGAUAUUGGAUCUUGAGGCAAAGGUUAGGCUGCAGAUGGUCUCUCCUGUAAAGCUUCUAGACAUUUGGCCUUAUGCUAUUAAGUGUGAGAUCAAAGCAUUACUCCUUGUGGUGCUAAUGAGGGCAAGCGAAUAGUGUUCCUAUCUGAAAGCUGCAGGAGUGAGAGCUGAAGGUCAGUUCCUUCCUUAUUUGCCAUAAACCAUCUAGACAUUAGGCUGAUAAUGGGAGAAAAGUCUUGUUCCUAUGAACACUGGCCUUUAGGCUUGUGGACGUGCUGCUGGGCCACCUCACUAAAGCUUUCUGAGCAGCAAGGGUAAGUUGUGAAAAUGUUAGUAGCUUAAUUAGAAAGAAACUGGAGCUGAAGUGCAAAGGUCAACCUCUUCCAAAGCACACAGGUCAUCAUCACCUUCAUUCCACAGGUGAUAGUCUCUUGUAUGGGUACUGAAGAUAAUGUGCACCCUGUAACUGGUGUUUCUCAAACAAUGGUUUACAGUUUUAUUUAAAACAUUGUCACUGGCUUCAUUAACUGUAAGUCUUUGGACCUCUCACUGAGGGGAAGACAUUUCCUGCCAUGUCUUGAGCUGCAGUUUGUUGCUUGGCUGCUCCUCAUUUGCUUUACUCUGCACAUUGCUUUCAGCUUCAUCUCAGAUGCAGGUGAUGCUCAAGGUGAGACUGUUACUUUUCUCCCCUUCCCACUGUUUCGCAGAAGGUUUGAGAUGUGACUGGAAUUGCCUUUCUGCUUAAGAAUUUCCUUUUCCAAGCCAAGUGCUGUUGGAGAAGGCCUCAGGUAUCUCUCACAAAUGUACUUAGCUGUUACUUCUACCACAAAGUUAGUGCUAUAGGCAGAGAAUAACCUGGCAUGCUCACUGAAAACAAACAUCUCUGCCCUUCUCUACUUCUGCCCUUCUCUGCUUUCUGUGUGGGGUCUGGGGUGCCAGCUAAGCUGCUUCCUAGGCAAUCUUCUGAAAAGCUGGAGAACAGGGUAAGUCUUUGGGUCUGCUCUUCCCUACUGGCUCUGAGUCUUCCCCUGACUCUGCUGUUGCAGCCCAUGCUCUGUGCUGCUGCUUCUUGUGUCCUGCACAUGCAGAAGGAGUUUGCUUUGUUGUUUAUUGCUUUUGUAAUGUAAUGCACUGACAGAGGUGCUAAAGUGCCAACCUAUCUGCAAGGCAAUUUCUGUGAAGAUCUGGUGAAGGGGACAGAAGAGAGUUAUGUUUUUUUUUUUAAAUAUGUAUUUAAAUUAAAUAUAUUUAAAUAUAUUUAACUAUUUAAAGUGCAUUUUCUCCUCUUCUAAGCUUUUACACAGAAAGAGUAGAAAUACAUGUUUUCUCAGGCCCACUCCUGGCAUGAGCCAGCCCCUGCCUACCCUCUCUGACUGUGCCCAUGGUUUUCUGAGGUUACUGUUGUAAUGUCCCUCCUGUUCCUAAGCUGCCAGAGUAUUUUGAUUUCCAGCCUCGUGGCUGCACACUCCUUGGUCAAUAGGCUAUUAUCCUAUUUGCAGACUUGAUCUCCUUUCAGCUGCCUGCAUGCUACAUGUCCCACAGCUCCAGAAUUAAAAUAUUUAGUAUCAUUCUUCCAAGUGUGUCAUUUCUCAAAUUGCUUUGCUUGUUCUUCCUUUACAGCACAUCACUUCUUGCUGCCAUGUCUAUGGACAGUACACACGCCUUAGUGUGGGAAAUCAUAUCUUAGCUGUGUUGCUUUGUACACAGAGCCCACCUUCCUGCCCUGGAGAUGACCAGUUUUAUCUGCCCUGGGACUGUAAGGAAAUGUGUGUCCCAGAAUGACAAUAAAUGUUGGGGU